AUGACGGACUGCAGUAGCAUCCAGGGCUCCACGAGUUCCAGUGACAUCACUUCGAGUCGCGGAAUUGCUCCCAGAAUCCGCGUGAUUCGCCUCACGAGGCCUCAUGCGUGUGCACGCAAUGGAACUCUCUUGGCCACGCCUGCGCAUGCAUCCUUCGGAUUUGCUAUUCGCGGCGGACGGGAGUUCGGGACGGGAUUCUUCGUGUCACGCGUGGAGAAAGGCAGCGAAGCUGAUCAUCAAGGGCUCAGAGUCGGAGAUCAAAUAAUACGAGCAAAUGGUUAUCACGUGGAUGAUGCAGUUCACCGGGAACUUUCGCAAUUCAUAAGCACUCAGGAUCGCUUAACACUCAAAGUCAGAGGUAUCGGCAUGAUCCCGGUCAAAGAAAGGGCCUGCGAUCCGCUCAGUUGGCACAUUGUGCCGCUCAAGGGAGCCCAGGUCUCGCCGACAGAACUGGAUGACGCCGGAAGCAGAGAUAUUCGUGUGACACUCAAUGUGGCGCCGAGGAGCAAACUCGGUCUGGGAAUCUGCAAAGGGCCCGAAUGGAAGCCGGGAAUAUUUGUGCAGUUCACAAAGGAGAUUGGUGUAGCCAGAGAUGCAGGUCUUCGUCCAGGAGAUCAACUAUUGAGCUGCAAUGGAAUGGAUUUCGCAGACAUUCUUUUCAGUGAAGCUGUGGCCAUUAUGAAGUCAUCGAGUCGACUGGAUUUGGUAAUUCGCACAGCUGCUGGCCUGGAUCUCUUCCCCGGAGAGUCGAGUGGAUACAAUAGUUCCGCCAGCAGUGUGACUGGUGGGGAUCAGAGUCCUUGCUGGGGCGAUCAGGCGUCCAAGAGGCUCAGCAUGGUGCGCGAGGAGAAUGGCCACCUCGACGUCUCCAUGGGUGGCACGAGACGACCAAAAAGUUGGGAGAGAGGCAGUGAGAUCGAUCGCCGAAUGGACAAACUGCAUCCAGUCGCGCCGCCAAGAGUCCCCGAAGAGCACGACAAGAAUGCCAAGAAUUCCAACACCACAAUCAUAAAGCUCUCAGAUUCGGGAACAGUCAUUAACAACACAGUCAUUCCUCACCUCAGUGCCGUUGAAGUGUCGUCUGGACGUCAAGCCACGAGAGUUCAUGUCUCGCCUGAAGUGGGCGAUGACACAGGCUUUGUGGAUGACGAAGAGACUCCAGACAGGAGCAAGCUUGCGGACAUUUGCUUCGUCUCGCGGCAAAGUGAAACCAAAACAGUCAUUGUGGAGGUGCACAGAAGUCCUGGUGCUUCUGAGCCAUCUAGCGGAUCUAUUCCACCUCCUCCGCCUUGCUUUCAAACGCCUGGACAUGCGAGAACACCAUCCAUUGCCAGCACCUCGUCGGGAUGCACAUCCAGUCUGAGUAGUGCAAUUAGCGAUGAGCUCAAGAGAAGAGCAGUGCAACGCUUGAAGGAGAAUUCUGGCGAGAGCAUCGAAGCGAAGUGCGAGAAGAUCCAGUCACAGACGAGGAAGAUUGGUAACUCCCUCGGAGGUCACGACAACGACAGGCAUAAUGCUUUAAUGAGUGAAUUCAAGAGAGCUCACCGGAAAAUGUUCAAAAACAGCGAAGAAAACGAUUUGACUGAGAAUGAGAGACAUUGUCAGGCGAAUGAAGCGAAGGAAGUGAAGGAGACUGAGCGCAGCAAUGGCAUUCCUGUGCCUCUGGCCAAGGAUCCACCGCAGGCUCCGGCUAAACAUCCGCUCGUCAAAGUGAAUUCUUCACCGAGAAUCAAGCCUACGACCGCUCCACCUCCGCCUCCGGUGAGUUCAGCACUCCCUUUUGCCGAUGGCGCCAAGAACAUCGCCGAGUGUCGUCCGCCGGCGUCGCCCAGUCCAGAUUACGAGGACGAGAGUCCUGUGCGGAACCACACUGCCAAUGGGGGCUCCGUGAGGGGUACGUUGGGCCGUGUAGCGGCAUGCGAGAUGGCUAAGGCGAAUGGCGAUAUGGCUGAGCUGGAGUCCAUUGAGUCGUUCAAGCUCACGAAUCCAUCCUCGCCGCCUCCAAGGCCGCCGUCCGUGUACUUUGCGCCGCAGAAUUCGGGUCCUCCGACGAUGAAGAGGAACCACCGUCCAGUGUCUGUGACCAUUGGCGAGUACGGGCAGAUGGUGCGCAAGGAGCCGGCCAAAUUCAACUUCAUUGCGCGUCCCGAUGAGAAUUCUCGCAAUGGAGGCGACGAAGACAUGUCGCAGCGACUGAGAAACGAGCUGGAGAUGACACUGUCGCGAUCGAAUCUGAAGAAGCGAUCCGAUCACGAGCUGGAAAAUGGGGGUGUCAAUGGAAUGACAACGACUGUUACGGUGAAUGGAGACAAGAAAGAUGGAUCUUGUGUGGAGAAUGGCAAGGCGUUGCUGCAGAAGAGCAAUUCGACGAAUAUUGAGAAGAGCAAUGGGAUGGCAAAUCGCGUGAUGAUCACCAUUCCUAGCAAACCAGAGCUGAGGAAGACCGAGAGCAGUCCGCCCAGUGGCAUUCUGAAGAACGGUGGGUCCGCAAUGGCAUUCACAAAUGGCGGUGCUGAGCACAAAAACAUCUCCUUUGGGAAUAUAACUACAGUCAUUGCCAGAGACUCGUGAUUCCCAAGGAAAGCGAUCCUGGGCGAUUGAAGAGCACGAGUGAAAGGUGAAAAUAUAUUGGGAGCAUUGGGAGUGUAUUUGCAAUUGAUUGUGCACUCAAGCGAUUGGAGUCAACAACCAGUUAAUGUCUCAGUGCCGCAUGAAUGGCUCCCUGACGACUGGCGUAAACUAAAAAUCACCUCUAUUUUCUUGUCUUCUGCGCGUGUUACUCUUUCAAAUAAGCCCGCGAGAAUCCACUCUUCUAGGGAUUACUUAACAUUACUCUGUACUUUUUGUAUAUUAAUUCCUCCCUGAGUAAUUAUAUUUAAGUCGCUUCGUUGUAAAUGUACGUUCCCUCACAUUUUGAUGUAUUGCGCCUAUUAAAUGUAUACUUUAACUUGAAACAUAUUGAGUUUGAAUUGCCGUUGCUCUCGAGCAUGGAUGAAGCACGACUGAAACAUCAGUGAAACAGUAUGACUUGGUGGCCAUUCUGGAAAUACUGGCAUUUAUUCCAGAAGAGAACUCACGAAAGUUUGUCAGAAAAUAAUUUAAACGAUCAC